AUGUUUCGUUUCAAGUGUGGAGCUAUGAUGCGACAGAUGUGUAGAUGUUGUUGUAAUUCCAUGAAUGCCAUUUCCUUUGUGGUCCCUUUUCCGUCGCUGCUUCGUCAUAAGGUAACGCUGGUAAUUAUUGUGAUACUGGUGGUAAUGCUAUCCGUCCUUCAUACCAUAGACGGUGAUAUAAAACCUUCAUUCACAGUCAGAAGAGAAGAUAACCAUAACAUAGAAGCCUGGAAGCACAGUAUGCCGGGAAGACCGUUUUUCAUACAACAUAGGAAUAUCUUUACAUUAGCCGACAAGAAAACUGUGAAUUCAUCCACGGAAAUAGACGAGGAUUUAGAGGUAGUUAAUCCACACCCUUUCCGGUAUAUAAAUAAUCCUGGUCAUUGUCAAUUUACCAGUGAAAAUCGUCGGACAUUAUUGGUUAUUGUGAAAUCUACAGUACGCAAUAUUUUACUGCGACAGGCUAUACGGAAGACAUGGGCCAAUAUCAGUGAAAGCAACGUUAAGACAGUGUUCAUGCUAGGACGUAACAGUUCCCGACUCGUUCAACAGGAAAUCAUUGACGAAGAGGCCAAACAGUUUCAAGAUAUAGUUCAAGAAGACUUUAUAGAUGCUUAUAUGAACAACACUCUUAAAUCUAUCAUGUCAUUUAACUGGGCAACUCAAUAUUGUCGAAGCGCCCAAUUUCUCUUUUUUGUAGAUGAUGACUUUAUUGUUGACCUACCUAAAAUUCUUAAUUACAUUUAUUCCAUUCCGCAGACUGAUGUUCAGUCAAUAUUCACAGGACAGAGAAUUGCCAGGCCUGUAGAUAGAAACGAACAUUCCAAAUGGGGUUUGUCGUGGGAUGUAUUCCCUCAUAAAUAUUGGCCUCCGUACCUAGCAGGCGGUGCGUAUCUCAGCAGUAUGUCAGUCGCCAGAAAAUUUACCUAUGCAUUCCCUUAUAUACGUCGUUUAGGUAUAGAUGACGCGUGGUUAGGUAUUAUUGCUAGAAACGUACAGGUCAGUCCACAAGAUCAUCAUUUCUUUCAUAAUGCUGGCAGGUACUCUCACUUAGCUCUGGUAUAUCAGUGCUGCCAUACUCCAAAGGAGAUGAUAAACACCUGGUGGCAAUAUACACACAACGCAACCUUUCAAAUCGGGAAACUUGUCUGA